UUUAUUUAUCCAUGUACAAUAGCCAAUAGUUUAACUUAAUGAUUAUAGUUAAUAAUAUAGUAUUAUGAUUAGCAUAAAUGGUAGAUCUUCGCGUUUCAAGCUCCACAAAUUGCGAACUCUGUCCUACAAAUUUCAAAAUGUAACCCAUGAUACCAAAACCCACCCUAAUCGCAAAGAACGUCUAAUAAACUAUAAUAAUACAGGAAAUAGAGAUUCUGAUCCUGUAUGUUCCAAGUAUGAGCAUACACCCUCAGAUUCUUCAACAUUUGUCUCUGAUUUUUCAGAGUUUUCCGGAAUUUUAAACACCAGACUACUUAAAUCACUAGAAGCUAAUGGAUUUGUCAAAAUUACUCAUAUUCAGAGGUGUUCCAUACCUAAAGUAUUGAACGGAGCCACCACUUUAAUACGAAGUCCUUCAGGAACAGGGAAAACACUGACCUUUAUAGUACCUGCUCUUCAAAGACUGAUUGCUCCUCCCGAUAAUAAGAAGAUUACAAGAAGGGAUGGAACCAAGAUUCUCAUUAUCACGCCAACUAGGGAGCUCUCAUUUCAGAUUUCUAAGGUUACUGAAGAUUUAUCAAAACCCUUCCCCUGGAUUGUAGUCUCUUGUAUUAAAGGCGGGGAAAGUAGGAAAUCGGAAAAGGCCAGGAUCAGAAAGGGAAUAACAGUAGUGAUUGGCACCCCUGGAAGGGUUUUGGACCACAUGGAAAGCACGUCUUCAUUUAAAUUGGACAACCUGGAGAUGUUGGUCUUGGACGAAGCUGACAGAUUACUUGACAUGGGAUUUGAAAGUAAAAUAAGGACAAUACACAGCUAUUUGCUCGAUUCUAAGAAGUCAAAUCGAGAAAAUUCUGGAAUCCAAAUAGUUUUAACAUCAGCAACAAUAACGGAAAGAGUAAAGAACCUGGUUGAAAAUUGUUUUGAUUCCAAACCCCAAAUCAUUGGCUUAAGCGAAGAAAACAGUGAAAUCCCAACUAAUCUGAGGUUGGAAUACGUCUUGGCGGAUUGUAACAACAAGUUCAUGUUCCUAAUCUCACUAUUGUUGAAAUUUGUUAGUAACCGUGAAAAGAUUAUUAUUUUCGUUUCAAACUGUGAUACUGUAAACUACUUUUAUAUGCUUUUGAAGUCGUUAACAUGGCCAACCUUACGCAAGUUAGAUAACAAAGAAACUAACCAUUUAAGGAAUUUUGGACAAUACAUUUCAAACUCCGAUGAUCAACACCUAUUAAAUAACGGUUUCAAAUCAAAAAAGAAUGAUAAAAACCUCAUAUUUAAAGUUCCAAUUUUCAAACUCCACGGUGAUAUGGAGUCGAGUGAAAGGUUUCCUUACAUGGACCAGUUCAUCAACUCUGAAUGUUCAAUUCUAAUAUCAACAGAUGUGGCGUCGAGAGGGCUAAACUUUUCAAAAGUUGACAGAGUGAUUCAAUAUGACCCUCCACAACAACUUGAUGAGUUCAUACACAGAUCAGGAAGAACUGCUAGAAUCGGUGAUUCAGGAACUUCAAUUCUGAUUUUAAUUAAACACGAAAAGGGACUUGUUAAACUACUUAAUGAUAGGGGAAUGAAACUUGAUGAGGUGUCAGAGGACUCAGUUUGGAGUGAAAUUAAGGUGUUGAACUGUCCAAAGUAUUUGAAAAAGUUUAAGGGAGACUUGGUUGGGUUCAUGAGAAACAGGUUCUGCAUGGACGUUAAAGGAGAUGAUGGUCUUCUAAAUCUUGCUAAAAAGUCUUUCAUGUCAUCAAUAAGAUCUUACAAGACAUAUUCGAAGGAGCUAAGGAAAGUGUUCAAUUUCAGGAAUUUACACCUAGGGCACUAUGCAACAUCUCUAUGCUUGAACAUGAAACCUACAGAGUUGAUGAAUAGGAACAGGAAAGAAGAUUCAAGUGACUCUAAAAAGAGAAAGAAUAAGACUAAAACACAUUCAGAUAGGCCAGUGAAGCAGCCUAAGAUAUCCUUGAGUGAAGAAUCAAAGAAUGCAACUGAACUAGCCUUAAAAUACUUGAAAGAAAAUAAAAUGAUUUUGUAAAUUUACUGAUAAAAAU